AUGAGCUUACCGAUGGUAUCCUCGCCACUCGAUGAAUUUGAAAUUGCUCGAUUGCUAUUGAUUGAUGGAUUCAAACGUUUGUAUGAAACGAUAAUGGGCCAUGAAUCGUUACGGGAUGACGAUUUGAUAUUAUAUUGUGGAUUGUUACAAACGGUGAACAAAGUGCAGUUGAUUGAUCGGUUAGGAUCGGAGCCGAACAUUGUUGGUUCGAUACAUAUAACCACUUCUCAUGUUAUUUUCAAAGCUGAAGACAGUGCUAAAGAAAUAUGGGUUCCAAACGGGUUAAUCGGAACGGUGGAGAAAGGGACACUUUCAGCAUUAGGGACACCUUUAACAGUGAAGUGUAAACAUUUCUUAACUUUAACGUUUUUAAUAACACGUGACAAAGAGUGUCAGGAUCUCGUGGAAACAUUGAAUAAAUGCGGCAAACCUGUAAAUAUAACGGAUGUAUUUGCAUUUGAAAAUAAAGAACGAAAUGGUGAUAUUCGUUUGAAUGUAAAAAAAAGAGGUUGGGAUCGAUUCGAUUGGGUUGUUGAAUUUACUCGUCAAGGAAUUGGUGUAGCGGAUGAUCAAAAAUGGAAAAUUACGGAUUUUAAUACAGGAUAUAAGUACUGUGACACUUAUCCAGAAUGUUUAUGUGUACCAUCUGCGACUACCACUCAAACCCUUAUAGGAUCAUGCAAGUUUCGUAGUCGUGCACGUCUACCCGUGCUUACAUAUUUUCAUCGACCAAAUGCAGCAAGCAUUUCAAGGCUUGUUUUAUGUGCUCAACCCUUGACGGGUUUUAGUGCGCGUUGCAUCGAAGAUGAAAUGCUAAUGGAUGCAAUAGCAAAAACAAAUCCUUCUACAUGUCAUCGAGCGAAAACGGUCACGGAUUAUUACAAACAAUUAGAAGCAUCCGGCUGGUUAAAACAUGUUCUUGCCCUGUUGGAAUGUGGUAAUUUUUUGGCUAUUUCAAUAGCACGCGGAAUUUCAUGCGUCGUGCACUGUUCCGAUGGUUGGGAUCGUACGGCACAAUCGGUCAGCAUUGCUCAACUCUUACUCGAUCCGUUUUUCCGGACGAUAAAGGGUUUUCAGAUAUUGAUCGAAAAAGAUUGGCUUGGUUUUGGUCAUAAAUUCGACGAUCGAUGUGGUCAUAUUGGUGCUUUCAAUGAAGAAGCAGCUCGAGAGGUAUCGCCAAUUUUCACUCAAUUUCUGGAUGCGACAUUUCAAAUUAUGAGACAGCAUCCAUGUGCUUUCGAAUUCAACGAACGUUAUUUGAUCCAUAUGCACGAGCAUGCCUACUCUUGUCAGUAUGGUACAUUUCUCGGAAAUUGUGAUAAAGACCGAAAGGAUCUCAAUCUAGCGAAACGAACGCAAUCUUUAUGGGCAUUUCUGGAUGACCGUCAUGACGAUUACAUUAAUCCGUUAUAUGAAACGAAUAAGUAUGGUUUUCUGGGGAAAAUAAACUUACAUCCAUCAGCGUUAGUUGUUUGGACAGCUAUGUACAAUCGUUUUGAUACUGGACUUUUACCACGAGAAAAUACAAACGAUGUGACACUGUCAACGAUGGAACAUGUUGGCAUCUUGGAGGCACAUUUGGCUUCAUUGCAAUCAAGAUUGGCAGAAUUAAAACUUCUGAUUGGAAAGCAAACACCGGGGAGUGAAGCGAUGAGCGACAGUGGUCAUUCUAGCUACAUUUCUAGUACUAUCACACCUGAAGCUUCUAAAAUUUCAGAUGUUGUCUUGUCAAAUCAUAGUUCCAUAACGGAUGGAAAAGGGACGAAACAUUUAUUGGAUGGUGAACAAAAUAUUCAGGAAAGUGGCAUAUACGACGCAUCAUUCCCAUAUAGUGAAAAUAAUAGUUCAUUACCUGCUUUACGUUGGCAAUCAAUUCGUACGGCAGAUGAAUGUGCUAACAUUGAAUGCAGUGCAGAGUUUAUCACACGUGGUGAACGUCGGCUACAUUGCUAUAGAUGUGGUAAAAUUCAUUGUCGUCGUUGUAUGAUACUUACAUCAGAUGGUGCUGAGCGUAUUUGCAUUACAUGUUUGGAAUCAACGCAGCAGAAUAAUUCAUAA